AUGAACCAUAGGUGUUAUGGGCGACAGAAGGAAGAUGUUGAUACUCGCUUAGAGUUUAUGAGCGAAUAUAUUUUAAAGUCUCUCAAGCAAAAAAUUGAAAAAUGGACAAAAUUUAUUACAGGAGAUGAAAGGCAUAUUUUAUUCAAAUUUUUCGAUAUGCCCAAGUUCGAUAUUAUUGUAUUUCGUAUUAACACAGCGGGCUUGUUGACAUGCGCCACAAACUUUCCGCCAAUUAGUAGAGGGAAAAUGAUUUAUUUCUUGCGGAAUAUUGACGAUAAAAUAACACAAACUAAUUUUCGUAAGGCCCUAACAAUUGGUGAGAUUUCGGGAAAUGUACUCAUGGAUAUAAGUAUAAUGGCCGAUGAAGUCAUAGGCCCUUUGCUUUGUAAUCCUGAAAAUCAAAAAGGUUGGCCAAAAAUAGUGAAGAAUGAUAUGAGAAGGCAUGUAAACGAAUUGAGAAAUUUAAUGCAUCAGCUUAAAGGGGAAAUGGCCAGUCAAAUAAUGCUUGCAAUGCCAGAGGGAGUAGAAAAUAUUUUUCACGCUGAAACAAGGUUGAAGGAAAGCGAUUCCGAAGAUGUUGACUUAUAUUUGAAAACAAAUAUCGAAGGAGCUAUAAUAAAAUGGGCACAACAAGUUCAUGAUCUUCUACAGGAAGAUUCGUACCUAGCGUUUAAAAGGACCAAGUUUCCUUUACCUAUUGCGGACAUAGAGUUCUACGCGCACAGAUUGCGCAACUUAGAAGGCAUAUACUCCCAGUUGCGGGAUCCGCGGGUGAAGCGCAUGGCGCACUACCUGGAGUCCACGCGUAGCGUCUACCUCGCUUGCUUCAAGUCCAUGCUCACUAAUGUCGUGGCAGCAAUUGUAGAGUGCAGGGAUAUUUACGUGUAUCAAAAACCAUUAAUACAACAUUUUGAGACAUUUGAAGGCACGGAUUUCUCUGAUGCUAAAGCUCUCAUAAGGCCAAUGCUUCAUUGCAUUGGGCUACUUUGGGGAAAUUCACGAUACUAUUGUAAUGUGGAGAAAUUGAUACCAUUGUUACGUGAAGUAUGCAACCUAGUUAUCCAACAAUGCACCAACUCUAUUGAUCCCACCUCGAUAUUUCAAGGGGACGCAGACGAGCAAUUAUUGAAAUUGAGGAAGGCUGUGGGCAUUCUCAAUCAUUUUAUAGAAACAUACGAGAUGAAUCGUGAUAAAGUCCAUACAUUUUUCCCCGCUGGCGUAAUGCCUGUGCGCUGGUCCUUCGACUUUGAUCGAGUUUUCAUGCGCUUUAACACGUAUAUGAAAAGACUUAAAAUGAUUGAUAAUAUUCUCGAAGCUACGGUGGAAAUAUUGAAGUUGGAGAAGGUGGAAUUUUCUGGACUAAGGGGCAAGAUUUUGAGUACGGAGUGUAUUAAGGUAUUAGAUGAGUAUACGGUAAUAUAUCAAAAUCUCGGCAACAUAACAUACGACCCGGCGGAUCCGGAGGAUCCGAGGUUCUUGGCCGAAUACGACAAGCACAUGGGGGUGUUGGAGGACGUUGAUAGACGACUCGCGUCUUUAUUUUCACAGGGCCUCGAUGAAUGCAACGAUUUAGAACAUUUUUAUAAGUUUUUCCAAAUAAUUGGUGAUUUAUACCGUCGUCCGAUAAUACAGAAUGAGUUAAAGCCAAAAGUAGCGAAAUUGCUCGACUUUAUGCAUUCAAACCUGGAUUCCGUCAAAGAGAUAUAUGACGAAGAAAUGGCGAAAUUGAACCCAAAAGGAGUAGAAAGGCCAAUGGUAGACCCAUAUUUGCCUCCAAUAAGCGGUAUAAUUUGGUGGAUUCAUAAAUUGAGACGAAGGAUUCAAGCUCCGAUGGAAGAUUUCAUUUUGUUUGAGGACCCCAUAACAGAGUGCGAGAAUGCAAUUUAUCUGAAGCAGAAACAUCACGAGAUGCUCGGCUACUUGAACCAGCUGGAGGACCGGCAGUUCAAGCAGUGGUGCGCGACGGUUCCCAACAUUUGUAAAAUGCAUUUGGCCAAGAAUCUCAUUUACCGCGAUCCACCAUUUGUUAGGAAUAAUUUUAGCCCUGAAUUAGUAAUGUUACUACGUGAAAUCAGGUAUUUGAAAUAUUUGGAGAAGCAAGGUAUACCGCAAGAUGGAUUAGAAUUGUAUGCAAGGAAUGAAAAAUUACAGUAUGACAUGAAUCGUCUCAACCGAGCUAUUGCCUGGUACAACGCCAUACGGGAAGGCAGCCACGAAACAGAGGUCGCCUUAAUAGAAAAGGAAAUAUCAGCCAUAGACUACCUGCUAGGAAGGGGGGUCGAGGAGCUGACUUGGAACGAUGAUUUUACCGAGUGGAUGGCAGAAGUAUAUACAGCAAUAAAUACGUUGCAAGAGCGAGUGUUAACAGCUCAGAAUAACGUGAGGCGAGGUUUGUCUAAUAUCGCGGCUUGGGGUGACAAGCCUUUGCACAAUCGUAAGGACAAUGCUGAAAAGCUAGAGUUGCUUGCGGUUAAUGAAAGACAUCCUAGAUUAAUUACACGUCGCAAUAAUAUCUUACAAAGUCAUGCCGAGUUCCAGCAAAUAUUGAAAGAUAACUAUAAAUUAUUUUUCAAUAUAAUAGACGAAGAAGAGUCCAAUCUAGAGGAAAAAGAAUUGGAAGAAGUUGAUGAGACAACAAUGGAUGAAGAAGAACGACUCGCUCUGGCUAAGAAGAUACAACAAAUGAUGGAAGAAAGGGAAGCAAAGCGACUAGCCAGAGAAGAGAGGGACAGGGAAAAGGAAGAAAUAGCUCAAGCUAAGUUUGACAGGAGAGAAGCGCGACGUUUGAAGAAAGAGGCUAGGGAAGCUGAGAAGCUCGAAAGACAGGAGCGUCGUGACGCAGGAGAGGAAGUAGAAUCGCCUGCGGAAGAAGAAGAAGAGUUGGAUCCUGAAGAGUUAGCUGAUAUCGAGGAGGAACGCCGUGAGAUGGAAGAAGAAGCAUUCCGAGCUGCUCGGUGGCCGGCCUAUGUGCAGUAUGUGGACUCAUUGGUUUCUACUCAAGUCAUGAAAGCUAUACAGGCCAGCUUGAAUUUAUUUGAAAAGAAUACUGAUUUGGAGAAAGGUCCGAGAGUAGCGUUCUUAGAAGUAGUAGCAGAGCUAAGGGAUCCAGAUAUUUUUUUCUCUCCAUCUUUGGAAUUGGACGACCGCGGUGGUUUGUAUGACACGCUUAAGGAGAUGAUGAAGGAUAUGUUUCUCCAAGCCACCAUAUUCCCUCGCAUUGAUCCCAUCGUUCCGAUCGCCACUUAUGAAGAUGAUAUAAAGAAAGAAGAUGCAAUGAUCGAUUUGUACCAUGAUAUCUUGAAAAGAGUUGAGAAUAGUAUCACAGAUGUUGUUCAAUAUGCCUCGAAAUAUGAGACAUACGCACCACUCUGGUUGGAAGAUAGGCAGGAAGUGUUGGCGGGGUUCCUGAAGUACGGGCGAGUGAUCCCUCCGGAGGAGUUCGACAAGUAUCGCUUUGACAACGGCUGCGACCCGCCUGAAGUUAAGCCUAAGCUUGAGCAAUAUCAGAAAGAGAUAGACAAGUUCAAUGCUAUGUACGCUGAAGUAUCGGCACUGCCGCCAGAAUAUUUAUGCAACGGUUGGUUGAAAUUAGAUCUAAAGAGGCUAAACCAAGCCAUCAUGAAUAUUAUUUGCAAAUGGAGUAAUUUAUAUAAACAGAAUCUAAAGGAUCAAGUACAGACGAGUCUAAAUGAUUUAGAGAAGUUCAUUGCAUAUGCAUCUAAAGAAUUAUCAGUGGAGUUAGAAGAGGAUGACUACGAGGGUUUGUUGAAAGUAAUGGGUGUUCUAAACGAGGUCAAAGCUAAAAUGGACGUCGGCACUGAUCAGAUGUUUGAACCACUUCGAGAUAUCAUUUACGUUCUUAAGGAAUAUGGCGUAGAAUUCCCUGAAGAAACGUAUGAACAGAAAUAUACGCCAUCUCAUCAAUAUUCGGUAUAUACUUUGCUGGAUGUUUUACCCGAGAAAUGGCGUAACCUGGUAAAGCACGCUACGGUGAUUAAGAACGAGGUGGCUCCGAUGCAGGCGGCGCAGGCCGCGCUCAUCGCCAAGCGCGUCGCCCUCAUCAACCUGCGCAUCGCCAUGUACCGCGAUCAGUUCAAGAUGAAAGAGAUUUUCCUCGAAAAAUGCAAAGAACCAUACAGACAAAUUGACAAAGUUCAUAAGGAGUUAGAACAAUUCGAAGAAAUUGUUAAAAAUUUGAAGAAAUCUUGUGGAUUAUUUGAUAUUCAACCACCGGAUGAGAAAAAUUUGAAGCAAUGUAGACGUGAAUUAAAACUAGCUAAGCAACUUUGGGAUUACUAUAAUUUAGUAAUGGGUACUAUAGAGUUUUGGAAGAAGUCACCCUGGAAGAAAAUAGAUGCCGACGGUAUGGAUCAAGAGUGUAAACGUUUUACAAAGGACUUGAGACAAUUAGACAAAGAAAUGAGAGUAUGGGAACCAUAUCUCUCAAUAGAAGGAACUAUAAAGAACCUAAUGACUUCCCUACGCGCUGUCACUGAUCUACAAAAUCCAUCUAUUAAAGACAGACAUUGGGUCGAAUUGAUGAUGGCGACGAAGGUGAAGUUCCACAUCGAUGAUGAUACUACACUAGCAGAUUUAUUAGAGUUAAAUCUACACAAAUACGAGGAAGAAGUUAAAACGAUCGUAGAUAAGUCUAUCAAAGAAGCUGCUAUGGAAAAAACACUCAAGGAACUGGAAGCUACUUGGGCGGUCAUGGAAUUCGAAUAUUUGGUUCACGAUAGAACAGGAACCAAAUUACCUAAAGCUAGCGAAGAACUUGUUGAGACGCUUGAAGACAAUCAGAAUCAAGUGCAAAAUAUGAUGUCAUCAAAGUUUAUUGGCUUCUACGAAGAAGAAGUCACUGCAUGGCAAAAGAAACUUGGCACCGCUGACGCAGUAAUAGCCCUUUGGUUUGAAGUUCAACGUAAAUGGCAAUAUCUUGAGAGUAUUUUUGUUGGUUCUGAUGAUAUACGAGCUCAAUUACCAGAGGAUUCAAAGAGAUUUGAUAAUAUUGACAAGACAUUUAAGGAAUUGCUUAAAGAUAUAGGUGCUACACCAAAUGUUGUUCAAGCUACUAAUAAGCCUGGACUGCUAGAUAAAUUAGAGGAGCUUAUGGCAGCAUUAAACCUUUGUGAGAAAGCUCUCAAUGAUUAUUUGGAAACGAAACGCUUGGCGUAUCCACGAUUUUACUUCGUUUCUUCAGCAGAUUUAUUGGAUAUUUUAUCUAAUGGUAACAAUCCUCCUGCGGUAUGUCGUCAUCUAUCAAAACUAUAUGAUAAUUUGGCGAAAUUGGUAUUUACAAAGCCUGGCAGUAAACAGGCGUUUGAAAUGAUCUCUAAGGAAAAUGAAGAACAUGUUCCGUUCAAAGCGCCGUGUUGCGAUUGCUCAGGAAAGGUAGAGAUGUGGUUAAAUCGUGUAACAGAUUGCAUGCGUUACACUUUACGAGAUAUUUUUGAGCACAGUGUAAAAUCUUACGAAGAUAAACCUCGUGAUGAAUGGGUAUUCGACUGGCCCGCUCAACCUGCUUUAGUAGGCACUCAGAUUUGGUGGACUACGGAAACUAAUCAGGCUUUUGAAAAACUUGAAGAAGGGUAUGAGAAUGCGCUAAAAGAUUAUCAAAAGAAACAGAUCGCCCAACUUAAUGCCCUUAUUAUGCUCCUAUUGGGCGACUUGACUGUCGGUGACAGGCAGAAGAUAAUGACUAUUUGUACGAUUGAUGUUCAUUCAAGAGACGUGGUAGCAAAGCUCAUUGUAGCUAAAGUAGAGACAUCAACUGCUUUUCAGUGGCAGAGUCAAUUGAGACAUCGUUGGGACGUGAAAUUGAAUAAUUGUUUUGCUAACAUUUGUGACGCCCAAUUUCUGUAUGACUAUGAAUAUUUGGGAAAUACACCUCGUCUUGUAAUUACGCCAUUAACAGAUAGAUGUUAUAUUACUUUGACACAGAGUCUCCAUUUGAUAAUGGGCGGAGCGCCUGCCGGCCCGGCGGGGACUGGUAAGACAGAGACCACUAAAGACUUGGGCAGGGCCCUGGGUAUCAUGGUAUAUGUGUUUAACUGUUCUGAACAAAUGGAUUACAAGUCAUGCGGAAAUAUUUACAAAGGUCUUGCUCAAACUGGUGCUUGGGGUUGCUUUGACGAAUUCAACAGAAUCUCAGUUGAAGUACUGUCCGUCGUAUCGGUUCAAGUAAAAAGUGUUCUCGAUGCUAUAAAAGCCAAGAAAAAGAAGUUUGACUUUAUGGGUGAAGUCAUCACGCUUAUUCCUACCAUUGGAAUGUUCAUUACUAUGAAUCCAGGAUAUGCUGGUCGAACGGAGUUACCUGAAAAUUUAAAGGCAUUAUUUAGGCCUUGUGCAAUGGUAGUGCCAGAUUUCGAGCUGAUCUGCGAGAUCAUGCUUGUAGCAGAGGGUUUCCAGGACGCUCGUCUGUUGGCGCGUAAAUUCAUUACAUUGUACACGCUGUGUCGAGAACUAUUGUCCAAACAAGAUCAUUAUGAUUGGGGAUUGAGAGCUAUUAAGUCUGUACUUGUUGUUGCUGGAUCUUUGAAGAGAGGAGAUCGACUGAGACCAGAAGAUCAAGUGCUGAUGAGAGCUCUCAGAGAUUUCAAUAUACCUAAAAUAGUGACAGAUGAUAUGCCAGUAUUUAUGGGGCUGAUCGGUGAUUUGUUCCCCGCACUCGACGUACCGAGAAAACGUGAUCUAGAUUUUGAAAAAAAUCUUGUUGACGGUGCCAUAUCUAUGAAACUUCAACCUGAACCUGGAUUUAUUUUGAAGAUGGUACAACUGGUGGAAUUAUUUGCAGUACGACAUUCAGUAUUUAUUAACGGAUUCGCAGGCACAGGAAAAUCUAUGGUAUGGCAAUGCCUUCACAGAACAUAUCAAAUGUUGAAAAUGAAGCCGUAUUACAACGACUUGGACCCGAAAGCAGUAACCAAUGAUGAACUGUUUGGUAUUAUAAAUCCGGCAACGAGAGAAUGGAAGGAUGGGCUUUUUUCUACAAUUAUGAGAGAUAUGGCGAAUAUGCCAGGCGAUGGUCCGAAAUGGAUCGUGCUCGACGGAGAUAUUGAUCCAAUGUGGAUUGAGAGCUUAAAUACUUUGAUGGAUGAUAAUAAGGUGUUGACGCUAGCGAGUAACGAGCGCAUCGCUUUAACAAAAUCCAUGAGAUUGUUAUUUGAAAUAGCAACUUUACGAACAGCAACACCAGCUACUGUAUCUCGUGCUGGUAUUUUGUACAUUAAUCCACAAGACUUAGGAUGGAAUCCGUUUGUAGCAUCAUGGAUAGAAACUACUCGUGAUGAUGAAUCAGAGAAAGCAAUGUUGACGGUUAUGUUCGAUAAAUACAUUCCAUCUUUGUUGGAGUCUUGUAAGAAAUACAAGCGUAUCACUCCGUUGAGUGAGCUACAACAAAUCCAGUUAACUUGCUAUUUAUUGGAAUGUUUUCUCAAUAAAAGUUUGUUGCCCAGUGAUUGUCCUAAAGAAUGGUAUGAAACAUAUUUUGUGUUUUGCGUGGUCUGGGGCUUUGGUUCUGGUCUCUUCCAAGACCAACUCGUAGAUUGGAGAAAUGAAUUCAGUAAAUGGUUUUGUAACGAAUUCAAGCAAAUCAAAUUCCCAUCGACGGGAAACGUGUUUGGUUUCUUCAUAGAUCCAGAGACUAAGAAGUUUUUGCCGUGGGCAGAAAAAGUUGAAUCUUUUGAAUUAGACCCUGAUAUACCAUUACAGUCAUGCCUGGUGUCAACAUCAGAAACCACUCGUAUACGCUUUUUCAUGGAUUUACUGAUUGCGAAACAAAAGCCGGUAAUGUUGGUGGGCAGUGCCGGCAGCGGCAAGACCGUCAGUGUCGCCGCUAAACUAAACUCAUUAUCUGACAACUUCGCUAUUACCAAUGUACCACUCAACUUUUAUACUACAUCAGAAAUGAUUCAAAAAGUACUUGAAAAGCCAUUAGAAAAGAAAUCAGGUCGUAACUUUGGGCCACCGGGCAGUAAGCUUAUGAUUUACUUUGUGGAUGAUCUAAACAUGCCGGAGGUGGACUUGUACGGCACGGUACAGCCUCAUACAUUGAUUAGACAGUUUAUGGAUUAUAGACAUUGGUAUGACAGACAGAAACUAAGUCUCAAAGACAUUUCACAUUGUAUGUUUGUAUCUUGCAUGAAUCCGACAGCUGGUUCCUUCACAAUUGAUCCUCGUUUACAAAGACAUUUCUGUACCUUCGCAGUCAGUUUCCCCGGUUUAGAUGCGUGUUUCCACAUCUACAAACAAAUCCUUACUCAACAUUUGAUGAACCCUUUAAAUAAAUUUAAUAUCACCGUUCAGCGAUACGCGGAUAAUCUUGUGAAUGCGGCACUUGCACUUCACAAUAAACUUGCAUCGACUUUCUUACCUACUGCUAUCAAAUUUCAUUACAUAUUUAACUUGCGAGAUUUGUCCAAUAUAUUUCAGGGCAUAUUAUUUACUACGGGUGAUGCUAUAAAAGCUCAGUCAGAGUUGAUAAGACUGUGGAUGCAUGAGGCCACUCGCGUUUAUUCUGAUAAGCUGGUAGAUUCAUUAGAUAAUGAAAACUUUAACAAGCUCAUUAUGGAUAUUAUCAAGAAGAAUUGUGAGGAUUUUGAUGAAAACGUAGUGUUUGAGAAGCCACUCAUCUACUGUCACUUCGCGGAAGGUAUCGGGGACCCGAAGUACUUCGCCAUCCGCGACUGGCCGCACAUCAAGCGCCUACUCGAAGAGUCUCUCUCCUCGUACAACGAUCUUGUUGCUACCAUGAACCUUGUGCUUUUCGAAGACGCCAUGUACCAUAUUUGCAGAAUUAAUAGAAUUUUGGAAGCUCCUCGUGGCAAUGCACUAUUGGUAGGCGUCGGCGGUUCUGGAAAGCAGUCUCUAUCGCGACUCUCCGCUUUUAUCUCCUCACUUGAAGUGUUCCAGAUUCAGCUUCGGAAAGGAUAUAGCAUCAAUGAUCUCAAAGUCGAUUUAGCUGGACUCAACAUAAAAGCGGGUCUAAAAAACAUAGGCAACAUGUUCUUGAUGACGGACGCGCAGGUCGCGGAGGAACGCUUCCUAGUGCUUAUAAAUGACUUGCUGGCGUCUGGUGAGAUACCCGAGCUGUUUGCUGACGAUGAGAUAGAUAAUAUCAUAAAUGGUGUCAGAGGAGAAACAAAAGCUUCAGGUGUUCAAGAUACGCGCGAAAACUGUUGGCGGUUCUUUAUCAACAGAGUUCGAAGUAUGUUAAAAGUGGUGCUCUGUUUCUCCCCCGUGGGCGAUACGCUUCGAGUCCGAGCUCGGAAAUUCCCCUCCAUCGUCAACUGUACGUCCAUUAAUUGGUUCCACGAGUGGCCACAGGAGGCGCUGCGAUCUGUGUCUAAAAGGUUCAUUUCUGAAGUGGAGUCUUUGCCGCCUCACCUAGUUGAUUCCGUCUCGAAUUUUAUGUCGCACGUUCAUCAAAGUGUAAACAAAAUGUCGGCAGUAUAUUACCAAAAUGAACGUCGUUAUAAUUACACUACACCGAAAACUUUUCUUGAACAAAUUUCACUAUAUGGAAAACUGCUCAACGAAAAGACUAAAAAUCUAAAAAUGAUGAUUUUUAGAUUGGAAAAUGGUUUAGAGAAAUUGGCGUCCUGUGCUGCUGAUGUUGCCGUUUUGAAGGUAACUCUAGCAGAACAAGAACAAAUACUGAAAGUAAAAAAUAAAGCGGCUGAAGAGCUUAUUGAAGUAGUUGGAGCAGAAAGUGAAAAGGUGUCAAAGGAAAAGGCGUUUGCUGCCGAAGAAGAGAAAAAGGUUAAAGUUAUAGAAGAAGAUGUAACAAUAAAGGCAAAGAUAUGCGCAGACGAUCUUGCAAAAGCUGAGCCGGCAUUGAUUGCGGCUCAAGAAGCUUUGAAUACACUGAAUAAAAAUAAUUUAACAGAAUUAAAAUCUUUCGGCUCUCCGCCCGAUGCCGUCGUCAAUGUAACUGCUGCUGUCCUCGUAUUGUUCUCUAAAAAAGGAAAACUACCGAAAGAUAGGUCAUGGAAGGCUUGCAAGCUCAUGAUGGCCAAAGUAGAUCAGUUCCUGUACGAUCUAGUAUAUUACGACAAAGAAAAUAUACAUCCUGAUGUAAUUAAGGCCGUACAACCAUACAUCAAGAACCCGGAAUUCAACGCAGAGUUCAUAAUGUCGAAGUCUGCGGCGGCGGCCGGCCUCUGCGCGUGGGUCAUCAACAUCGUGAAGUUCUACGACGUGUACGUGGUGGUGGAGCCCAAGCGCCGCGCCCUCAAUGCCGCCAACGCCGAGCUGCAGGCUGCCAGGGACAAGCUGGCGUUCCUCACUGACCAGAUCAAGGAACUUGAAGAAAAAUUGGAAGAAUUAUUAAAAGCUUUCCAAGAAGCUGUUAAUGAAAAGAUGAAGUGUCAAGCUGAGGCCGAUGCUACCAACUAUACCAUUGAUCUCGCUAAUAGAUUGGUAAAUGGGUUGGCGUCUGAAAAAGUGCGAUGGUCGGCAACAGUAGUGAACCUGAAGGAGUCGGGGGUGAUGUUACCGGGCGACGUGCUCGUAGUGACCGCGUUCAUAUCGUACGUGGGCUGCUUCACGCGCCGCUACCGCUUGUUGCUCAUCUAUGAGGACUGGCUCCCUACGCUCGAAAAAACUGAUCCUAAAAUCGAGACAACAGAAGGUCUUGAGCCGCUAUCGAUGUUAACGGAUGAUGCUCAAGUGGCCACAUGGAAUAACGAAGGUCUACCCACAGACACGAUGAGCACUGAGAACGCAACUAUACUCACUAACUCUGCAAGAUGGCCGCUCCUGAUUGACCCUCAAUUGCAAGGUAUAAAAUGGAUCAAGUCCCGCUACGGCGAGGCGCUAGUGGUGAUCCGUCUGACGCAGCGCAACUACCUGGACCGCAUCGAGCGCGCCGUCAGCAACGGCGACGUCGUGCUGCUCGAGAACAUCGGCGAGAGCGUGGACGCCGUGCUCGAGCCGCUGCUGGGCAGGGUGCUCAUACGUAAGGGCAGGGUGCUCAAAAUUGGGGACCGAGAAAUAGACUAUCACGCCAAUUUCCGACUUAUAAUUCAAACUAAGCUGGCAAACCCGCAUUAUCAACCUGAAAUGCAAGCGCAAUGCACUUUAAUAAAUUUUACUGUGACCAGAGAUGGUCUCGAAGAACAACUACUAGGAGAAGUCGUAAAAGCUGAGAGACCUGAUCUAGAAGCAUUGCGAGCAGGACUAACGAAACAACAAAAUGAUUUCAAAAUCACCCUUAAAAGUCUCGAAGAUGAUUUAUUAAAGCGUUUAUCUUCCGCUGGACCAGACAUCCUCAGUGAUUCAGCUUUAGUAAUCAAUUUAGAGACGACGAAGAAAACUGCAGCAGACAUCGAAGUGAAAGUAGAAGAGGGAAAGGUUACAGCAGUAAAGAUUGACGAGGCGCGUGAGAGAUAUAGGCGAGCGGCAACACGAGCAUCACUAUUGUAUUUCAUAUUAAACGACUUAUACAAAAUAAAUCCGAUGUAUCAGUUCUCACUAAAGGCUUACAGCGUAGUGUUUAAAGACGCUCUCCUUAAAGCUGAACCUUCCGAGGAACUGGAUAUGAGAGUGGCGAAUUUGUUAGACAGUAUUACUUUUGCCGUAUUUUUAUACACCAGCAGGGGACUGUUUGAGAAGGAUAAAUUAGUUUUCUUGUUCCUCAUCACUUUGCAGGUUUUGCAAACAGAUGGAAAAAUAGAUCCAAGAGAAUUAGAUUUUCUAUUAAAGUAUGCCGUAGCUCCCGCCAAUUCUCCAUAUUCUUGGUUAUCUAAUAACUCGUGGGGAGGGAUCGUGGCACUCUCUAAGAUGGAUGCUUUUGAUAAUUUAGAUAAGGACAUUGAAGGCGCUACUAAGAGAUGGCAAAAAUAUACAGACGGCGAAGCACCCGAGCGAGACAAAUUGCCCGGCGAGUGGAAAAACAAGUCGUCACUGCAGCGCCUGUGCAUACUGCGCGCGCUCAGACCCGACAGAAUGUCCUAUGCUUCAGGUGCCUUUUGUGAGGAGAACCUUGGGACUAAAUACGUAGAAGCCAGGACUCCCCCACUUGAAAAGUCUUUCCAAGAAAGCACGUCAACUACGCCCAUGUUCUUUAUACUAUCUCCCGGAGUAGAUCCUUUAAAGGAUAUAGAAAAGCUUGGCCGUAAACUUGGUUUUUCUACGGACAAGAAAAAUUUCCACAUUGUGUCUCUCGGCCAAGGCCAAGAGGUAGUUGCUGAACAUGCCAUGGGCGUUGCCGCAGAACAUGGCCACUGGGUCAUUUUACAGAAUGUACACUUAGUGGCCAAGUGGCUCCCUACGUUGGAGAAAAAGAUGGAAGAAACCUUUGAGAAUCCAAUUGAAGAUUAUAGAUUAUACUUAAGUGCAGAGCCGGCAGCGGAUCCUGCGUACCACAUCAUUCCUCAGGGUAUACUGGAAUCGGCUAUUAAGAUAACCAACGAACCCCCGAGUGGUAUGUGGGCCAAUUUGCACAAGGCAUUAGAUAAUUUCAGUCAAGAGACCCUUGAGAUGUGCAGCAAGGAGGCUGAAUUUAAGGCCAUAUUGUUUGCAUUAUGCUACUUCCACGCUGUGGUGGCUGAACGACGCAAGUUUGGUCCACAGGGAUGGAACAGAGUAUAUCCAUUCAAUUUUGGUGAUCUCACAAUAUGUGUGUAUGUUUUGUACAACUACUUGGAGGCAAACCCUCGAGUGCCGUGGGAGGACUUGCGGUAUCUCUUUGGCGAGAUAAUGUAUGGAGGACAUAUCACUGACGAUUGGGACAGGAGGCUUUGCAGAACAUUCUUAUUGGAGUACAUGCAGCCUGAAUUGGUUGAUGGUGAACUACAAUUUGCCCCCGGAUUCAUAUCGCCGCCUAACUCGGACUAUGUCGGCUACCACCAGUACAUUGACGAUUUCCUGCCAGACGAAACACCAUAUCUUUAUGGAUUACAUCCCAACGCUGAAAUCGGUUAUUUGACUACCGUUUCAGAAAGACUAUUUAAGGUAGUGUUCGAAAUGCAGCCUCGAGAUACCGGGGCUCAAGCGGGCGGUGGCGCCAGCAAGGAGGAAAUGGUGAGAUACAUAUUGGAUGAUAUAAUGGAUAGAGUACCGGAACCCUUCAAUUUAGUUGAGCUUAUGGGGAAAGUCGAGGAGCUGACGCCGUACACCAUCGUCGCACUGCAGGAGUGUGAGAGGAUGAACAGGCUCAUGGGAGAGAUUCGACGCUCUUUAAAGGAGUUAGAAUUGGGUCUCAAGGGCGAGUUGACAAUCAGCAGCGACAUGGAGAGUCUGAUGGAGUCGCUGUUCAUGGACCACGUGCCGGAAUCGUGGACGAAGCUCGCCUACCCCUCGCUGCUCGGUCUCGCCGCCUGGUUCUCCGACCUCUGCCUGCGCCUCACCGAACUCGAGAACUGGUCCGGCGACUUCAAUCUGCCCCCAGCGGUGUGGCUGGCGGGCUUCUUCAACCCGCAGUCGUUCCUCACCGCCAUCAUGCAGCAGACGGCGCGCAAGAACGAGUGGCCGCUCGACAAGAUGUGCCUCAACUGUGACGUCACCAAGAAGAGCCGCGGAGAUUUUAACGCGCCACCGCGUGAGGGCGCCAACAUCCACGGGCUGUACAUGGAGGGCGCGCGCUGGGACACGGCCACCGGCGGCAUCGUCGAGUCGCACAUGAUGGAGCUCUUCCCCGUCAUGCCCGUCAUAUACAUCAAGGCGGUGACGCAGGACAAGCAGGACACGCGCAACGUGUACGAGUGCCCCGUAUACAAGAUACGCAUGCGCGGCCCGACGUUCGUCUGGACGUUCAACUUGAAGACGAAAGACAAGCCGACGCGCUGGACUCUCGCCGGCGUCGCUCUGCUACUCGGCGUC